UCGACGGCAUCCGCUACCAGCAGCAUGGCGGCCUCAUCUUCAUCUCCGUCAUCGUCGCAGCGUCAUCUGCACCAUCAUCAACUGCACAGCAGCAGCAGCCAUCACAAUCAUCACAUUCACCAUGAGGAAAUUACGGUGACCUUUCCGGAGGUGGUGUCCUGCUCGCCGGAGGAGCCUAGUUUUACGCUGUCGGACGAUUACGAUUGCAAUCCACUGAAGGAAGUGGACCCACUGAACGUGUCCGGCAGUUCGAUGGAUUUGCUGGCAUCGCCGGUCAAGUCCCAGCAAAAGACCCCCAAACACGGUCACCACCUGCGGCGAAACGUUCCUAGGAUAGUGGUGAAACAGCUUCCGAAGCAGCAAUUGACGCCACCGCCCCGCGAAGAGAAGCGACCAAUCGGUCCGGCUUCGACGAUGCGCGAGGUGCUAGCCUCGAUACCGGGCUUCAGCGUGAAACCCCGGCGGAGGUCCAACAAGAAAAUGUCCACCGCAGCGCAAAUCGAGCAAACGAAAGAAGGUUGCAUCGAUCUGGAAACGCCGGACUCGAUUCUGGUCAAUACGAAUCUGCGCUCGCUGCUGAACAAGCAAACCUUCCAGAUGCUGCCACCUCUGUUCCAGUACAAAUUGGUCCAACUGUUGCCCUCGGUGGAUCGACCCUCGGUCCCGGAUGCUUCGGACUGCGAGCGAAACGGAAUACGGUUAAAUCCGUCCAGUUUGAACAACGAGUUUUUUGCUCGGGCCUGUCUGGAGUGGCGCGAUCGGUUAUCGGAAGGCGAAUUUACCCCGGAGAACCAAAUGAAGCUGAAGACCGAGGCGGAGAAGGAGAAAAGCAAACUCGAUCCGUGGAAGUUGAAACACUUUGAACCGAUGUGGGGCGAUAAGAGUUCGGGGGCGAAUGUUGGAGCUGCCGGAACCCAGCCAAAUCCUUCUCCGCCUCAAACGCCGACAAAGGCAACGAGCACACCAGAACCUCCCAAAACCAGUACCCCAACUACGUCGAGACCUGCCUUGAAAACCACCAUCAAGCUGAGGCCAACGACGACGAUAGCCACGAGUACGAUAGUGGCUUCGGAGGUACUUGCCAGUAGCUGCGGUCCGAGCAUCAGCAGUACAAGCUUCUACAGUACCUCCCCGGGAAGCAGUGGCAGCAGUACAGCUUCGGCAACCGUUACGACUCCUACAACCCGCGUCAGUACCACUCAGAGUUCUCUCUCGCCUACAGCGACAACGUCUUCGCCCAAGCGAGUUCGAACCAUUGGAGCCGUAACGAGAGCCACUGCCAGCCAGAAGCAACUCGUUCAGCCGGAAACGCCCAGUUCGCCUAUUCGUAUCACCCGCCAGAUCACUCGAGUGGAAUCGCCCAAACCUUCCACAUCUUCAUCCCCUCUCGCAACCGUCACCGUGCCGCUAUCAAGUCCCAUUGAUACUCCCAAACCGGUUCCGGUGUCCAGUGGUGCGGCGGAUGUCGUAGAUUCGUGCAGUCUCUCUAGUAGUAGUUCCAGUAGUUUUGUCAGCGGUAGCCUCAAGCGAACGCACAAUCGAUCCCUCACGCCAGAGCUAAGCAAUAGUAAGAUAUCGAAAUCCACUCCCGAUUCGCAACCGUCUUCGCGCGGCGAGGAAGAAUCCUCUUCGAACCCAUGUGAUAUUAUCAAACCGGAUCUCACCACGGUGUCCCCUGCGGCGGUCGAAGUUGCACCGUCCUCCCCCUCGGACGACGUGCAAAUCGUUGAGGAUGAUCCGCAAGCGGUUCCGGACGUGUUGGACGAUGUGGAAAUCGCGCAGGAAACGGUCGUCGAAGAAAUCCCCGAUGACGAUCCGGAAAUAACCGAAGUCAUCAUGGAACGGCCGCCGACGCCGGAACCCAGUGGAGAACCGGAGCGGCCGAAGCAAACCAUCUACGAUCAGAACUCCGGGGAAGUGUUCAGUAUUGUUUGUGUUCCUUCGCCACGGGCGGCGCCUCGGGUGGCAAGUCCUGUGACGAGCAGUGGCAACAGCAGCUCGGUGGCCAUGGAUCAGGAGCUGCCAGUUUCCAGCAGUCACCAUCUCCAACAGCAGCGACAUCUACAGCAGGAGCAGUUCUGUCACGAUAGUAAUAGUAGCAGCACUUCGACGACGGCGCUGAUGUCCUCCAGUGAUCAGGUUCCGCCGAAUGCGUUGAGCAGCUUCGAAAACGUGCUGCAGAAUAACGAAGACUUGGUGAUCAUGCAGAGGGAGCCCCAGGACGAGGACUGUGAAGAGGAGGAAGAUGAAGACGAAGAGGAACCGAAUCCGUCGAAUGGGGUGAUGAAUAGUGAUAGCAAUGGCAGUUCGGAGGCUAGCAGUAGCCAAAGGACGGUGAGUGCGGAGGUCAGUAUGAAGCUGACGGCGUAUCAUCACGAUCACGAACUGCUGCACCAGAGUGCGAGCAGUAGCGGGAUGAUGAUGAUGGGUGGUGGGGGAGGAGCUGGUUGUGGAGGCGUUGAUGCCGGGGAUGACGAGGAAGAGGACGAUGAUGGCGAGAACUGUGAUAACAAUAACGAUUCCACCAACGACGAGGAGGAUCCGGAGGACGAGGAAUGUGACGACGGGCAGGAGUUGGUGGUGCGGAGGAUGCAGGGCGAUCUGCAUGGGCUACACUUGAUCGAUGGGGUUCAGGAGCAGCAGGAACAGCAACAGCAGCUGCAGUCGCAUCACUCGAUGGUGGGCUCGAUCGAUUCCGCUGACGAGGAGGAUCCGAUGGACGAGAAGUUCAUCGAUGCGGAAAACUACGUGCUGGAGAGCGGCGAGAUCAGUGCGGAAAUCGACACCCUGGGCAUGCUUACGGAUGCCACCGAAGAAGAAGCCGGCGUUGACCUCGGCAUAGCUGGGGUGGCCGAAGCCGGACCGAGUACCCACGAGGACAAUCUCAUCAUCCUGCACGAGAUGGACAUCAAGGGCGAAGAAGAUGAGGAGGAUGGGGGCGAUGAGGAUGUUGAAGAGGACGAAGAAGAUGAGGAGGAGGGAGAGGACGAAGAGGAACAACAGGAGGAGCCGAUUAUGGUGGCCGCUUCGGUGGACAUUCCGACUUCGACGGUCGAACAGGACAGCAUUUGUGCCACCAGUAGCGAUCUGGACGGAUUCGAUGGAAUCAACGCCAUCAAGAUGGAAACCGAUAACAUCUUCGAGAGUGGCGAUUGGCCCUUCAAAGUGAAGUUGGAACCGAAGAUGAUGAUUGUGGACCAGCUGGACUCGAGCAGUAUUAUUCUGACACCGUCGACGGCGAGCCAAAUCCCGAUUGUCAGUCCUGUGACCGUCGUCAGUGCCCAUCACCAGCCGCAGCAGAUAGUAGCAGUUAGUAGUAGCAAUAGUAGUAGUAGCGGUAGUAGUGCACAGCAGCAGCAGCAUCAAUUGCAAUUGCAACAUCAGCAGCAACAGAUCCAUUUGUAA